CGAUCCCUGGUACCGAUUAAAAAAAAAAGUUGCCAUUAGAGCUAGCGUGGUGGGUGCUGUGGUCCCUGUCCGGUUCUGCCAUGGCAUACAGGGGCCAGGGCCAGAAAGUGCAGAAGGUGAUGGUACAGCCCAUCAACCUCAUCUUCAGAUACUUGCAGAAUAGAUCCCAGAUUCAGGUGUGGCUAUAUGAGCAAGUGAAUAUGCAGAUAGAGGGCUGUAUUAUUGGUUUUGAUGAGUACAUGAACCUUGUAUUAGAUGAUGCAGAAGAAAUUCAUUCUAAAACCAAGUCAAGAAAACAACUGGGUCGGAUCAUGCUGAAAGGAGAUAAUACUAUUCUGCUGCAAACUGUCUCCAACUAGAAAUGAUCAGUGAAUUAAGACAGCAGUGAGAAGCAAUGGCAGGCAAUUAAGAUAAAUGUCAAUUACAGUGUAUACCCAUAUUAAAAAGGCAGCUGAUUAAGUGGUUUGCCUUGGGAGUAUUUGUAAAAUGUUUGGUCAUAUUGUUUUGUCUACCCUUAUGUUUUUACUGGGGGCAAUAAAUGUAGGGUUGUUUUUAUUAAAAAAGACAAAAAAAAAAUGGCACUGCCACGCUCCCUUCUCUGUACCGCCCUAUCUAUGCUGGAAAUGGGAGCUUAUCCAUUCUUACAAGUCGAGGUAAAAAAAAAAAAAAAAAAAACAAAACAAAACAAAAAAAAAAACAAAGAAAAAAGAAAUGGGAGCUUAGUCGCUAAAGACCAAGAGGUGGUUUGGACUUGGGUAGGAUCAGGAAGUCCAUGGUUUGCGCCCACACCCUGUUGGUUCUUUCUGGGGCUCCAAUGUCCCAGACAAAGUCAAUUCUACCUUUCUCUUGCAGCAACAGGAGGCAGAUCAUAUUGUAAUUCCCCGGGAGAAUAUUUUUAUGCUUGUUUGGGGCUGCGAAACAGUUGCAACAGGAUGGCAACCCGCCUUCCCCGAUAAACACCUUAAACUGUCAUUGGGGCCGCCGGGGUGCAGCCUAGAUGACUACCCACCGGCCAAUCAAAGACCUAGUACGUUUCUAAACGUCACUGUCACCACUCCUGAAGACCCUGGCUGGUUGACAGGACUUCGAGUUUAUGAGUCAGGCAAAGACAGGGGAAAUCUUAUUCUCAUAAAAAAGGUUCCCCUACAGAUUUCAUCCAUGCCCAUAGGCCCAAAUCCUGCUCUAAAGCCAAAAUAUAAUCCAAAUCCAAAAUACAAUCAGUCCAAUACAGGUCCUGUUACUGCUGUUCAAACAAUCACAGUAAGUGACCCAACCAUAAGUGUUUCUCAAGCCCCCCUACACCAGGCAGAUCAUAUACCUGCCCCUCCAUAUUCACAUUAUACCCUAUUCAGUUUGAUUAAAGUGGCAUACAUGGCUUUAAAUCAUACCCAACCUGAUCUCACCCAAUCCUGUUGGUUAUGCUUGGCUGCUCCUCCCCCAUAUUAUGAAGAAAGGCCCUGAAUUUAACCUUUAACAGUUCUUCUAGCUCAUCUGCCUGUGACUGGGGCAAUCACCACAAGCUGACUCUCCCUGACAUCUCAGGUAGAGGGACCUGUCUGGGGACUCCAGCUGUCCACCAGCACUGGCAGCAUGACUCUGUGCCCAGCUUCAUUCAGAGUUCAAGCCAAAUGAUUACCUCAUUCCACCCCCAGGAAUGUCUUGGGCCUGCAAUUUUGGCCUCUCACCCUGUAUAGCAACUACUGUUUUUAACAAGUCUACAGAUUUUUGUGUUCUUAUACAGGUUCUUCCUCGCAUAAUCUUCUACCCAGGACACUACUACCUCCAGGCAUUGCAGACCAGCUAUAUGUAUAAGAGAGAACCCGUGACACUCACCUUAGCUGUAUUACUAGGGUUAGGAGUUGCAACAGGAAUAGGAACAGGGACUACAGCUCUAGUGCUGGGAAAUCAGCAUCUAGCUCAAUUACAGGCAGCAGUAGAUCAAGAUUUAAAAGAAAUAGAAACAUCUGUGACGGCUCUACAGGCAUCCCUGACCUCUCUAUCUGAGGUAGUUCUACAGAAUAGAAGAAGGCUAGACCUCCUAUUUAUGAAGGAGGGUGGCCUAUGUGCUGCCCUCAAGGAAGAGUGUUGUUUUUAUGCUGACCACUCAGGAGUCAUCAAAGAGUCCAUGAAUAAACUAAGAGAGCACCUCAAAGAGAGAGAAAAAGAGCACCUCAGAGAAACCACCUUCUCCUCCAUGUGGGGGGUCUCUUCCCUUACAUUGCCCCCCUCUUGGGACCCCUAGCUGCCUUGCUGUUACUGCUUACUGUAGUACCUUGUAAUUUUCAGAGGAUCAUGGUGCUCAUUAAUAACAUUAAUAACAGGAUUGACACAUUUAUGGCAAAGCCCAUUCAGGUACAUUACCACCGAUUAGAAAUGGCAGAACAACAAACUUAUCAGGAAAGAACACCCACCGAUGGCCCACAUGAUACUGUGGCCCAAAUGCCCUGAGGUACUGGACAGGCAGCCAGAGACGGGCAACUAGGACACAUAUGUAGCGCUAAUCGGCCACCUAAGACAGGCCUAGGACCAACAGCUGUCCUGCAGGCCCACGGUGGGUAAGGCUCGAUUGGGUUCAUAUGAGGAGUCCUUGACCCAAGACAGGCGCUGCCCUCCCAGGGCCUGCCAUAUCCCUAAAAAAUAUAUAACAAUAAGGGAGGAGAUGUAGGGAGCGGCUCAGAAUGGCUGCUGCUGCCUUGCCCCUCCCACCUGAGGGCAUUUUGUGUGUCAGCCUACAUUUCCCAUGAGCCUCCCCUUGCCUACAAUGCACAUGAUGUAAGCAACUUCCUGCUUCAGCCUACAUUUUCCAUGAUCCUCACGUCUGCCUACAUUACCCAUAAUCCUCUCCUGCUUUCAUCAUAUAUCCGAAUGUGAUGAUGACCUAUCAGAUAACCCUCCAUGCCCUCUUCCUACCCCAUUGGCCCACCUCCCCCUAUGUAAGUUGUAGCCAUUUUAAGACUAAAUGAGACUUGAAUGGAAUCCCAAGUCUCUGUCUCUCUUUUCUCUUGCCCAGCCCUUCAUCUCCAUCCCCUCUCCAGGUGAGGCCCAUGGACCGAUCCACAGGACGGAUCAUUUUCUAGCUUUUAGACAACAUUAGAACUUUUAACAAAAUCCUUGAAGUGACUUUUUUAGUAGUCUAAAAUAUAUUAAAUCAUUUUACAUCUUUUUACCAUCUUAAAAUGUUACAUUUUAAAAACUGUAACUUUUCAAAUUGGCUCAAUAACAGUGUGAUCUGGCUUUACUUGGUAAAGUCAAUAUGAUUUUAAAAACCAUAAACGUGGGGCUGGGGAUUUAGCUCAGUGGCAUAAGUGCCUGCCUUGCAAGCAGGCAGUUGUGAGUUCAAUCCUCAGUACCGGUAAAAAGGAAAAAGACAACCCCCCCCAUAAACGUAUAUAUGUGUGUAAAUAUGCAUAUGUGUAUAUAUAUAUAUAUUUUACAUUUUAACCAGAAAGAAAAAUACUUCUAAAGGCAUGCCAAGGUUAUCCAUAAUCAGUUGAAGACUAGAACAUUAAACAAGGCACCACAAAAGACAAGACCAACCUUAAAGACACAAAGGUUUUUCUGUCUGAGGUUCGGUGAGCUAAAGGGAAAUACAUUUUCAUUAUGACCCUUAAGUCCAAUAAGCCACAUGGAAUCUGCAACAGUAGUUUAAGAGAAAUAAAAGAAACUUGAAUGUUAGUACUGAGGUAACAGAUUCAAAUGAACAAAUGGCUCCACAAUAAAAAUAUACCAAGCACAAAACCAAAUGGAUAAAAAAUCCCAAAUCACAAAUGGGCUAGAAGCCCUUUCCUGGAGGGCAUCCCACUUCAGUGCAGAAGGAGCCAGCCAAACUCUUCUGCCACUUUAAACACGUGCACUCAAAUUACAAAGAACAAAAGACCCAAAUACUUACAGAUGGUUCAAGCCAAUCCAUUGGUGAAAAAAUGUGGGGAAGGGUCCCUGUGUAAUCCCGGAUGAGCCCCUAAAUGUUGUAACCCACACAAAAAAUAAAGCCCCAUGAUGAAAAACAGAGCAAGACUCCCGAGAUGGUAAAUGGGGCAAGACGUUUUUCUAAAAGAAGCACUUUUAUUGUAGCUGGCCCAGCAACACAGUGCAGAUGGAAUUUGCAAAACUGUGCAACUGAGUUAGAAUUUUGACUGAUUUUUAUAGUUCAUUUAUGAUUAGCUCAUUGAUCAUUUAAGUACAUAGUGAUGAGAAACAGAAACAAGAUGGGCCUUUGUUCCCCUUUGCUUGAGGUCAGAGGCAUUUUACAGAGGGUGGUUAGCCAAUGUAUAGCCCUUGGUCGGCCAAUUCUAGGAACAUUGUUGUUAUGGUUUGAUAACUAGUGGUCAACUUAACGCCAGCUGGAUUACAUCAGCACGCAUUGAGAGAAGAUGCUCCACCUGAGAAGGGUUGCCAGGAUAAAUAGGUGGAGAAGAAGAGAGGUGUGGAGAGGGAUGGAGGCGUUAUGGAGGCAUUGUUGGUUCUCCUACGAGUUACUGUCUGAGCUGUUGGUUCUCCUGGAGAAGUUCAUCGAGCAUUGCUUCCUGGCUCCGGAGGGGAAGACAUGUGCUGCCUGGUCUCCAGGAUGAACUACUCACGCUGCUCCCUGGCACGUACCCGACUGUGCUUGUCGUCAGAGGAGCUCGGGGCCUCCGUGUUGCCGAGGACAGCUGUGGUUCCUUUCAGGACAGCCCCACUCUUUGUUGUGAGUGUGACUUCUCAGCUCCAGUGUAGAACCCUCAUCCCACUAGCACAGCUCCUUCAUCCUUCUGGCAUAGACUUUCUGGCUUCCACCACUGACCCUUGGGUCUUCCCGGCACGAAUCCGUAAAAGAGACUGGCGUGAGUCCUUCUUGUGGGCUCUGGACUUCCAGUUGGCCUCAUGGAGGCAUUGUUCUGAGCUCUGGGUUUUUAUCUGGACUCAUUUGGGACAUUGCCAUGGGGUUUAGACUCUUGACUAAAUAAUCUAUGUCGUUGGUGUUGCGGAUGGAUUUCCUGCAUUCUCCUGUGUUAACUUCUGGUGACCAUUAUAAAAAUAUUAUAAACUCCA